AUGGGCACCACCAACAACUUGAACGAGGUGCACAGCGCAAGUGGAGUAGGCUACAUGAACAAGUACGAUGUGGAAAAAUAUGGCACUGCUCACAAUAUGGAGAGAAGUAAAAGGGAGAAUCUCCCAAUUAACAGCCCAAACAUGGAAGUUUUUCAUUCUCUGAAUUAUGAAAAUGAUAUUUACAUGAAUCCUCAACAGGGGGGGGAUAUUCCUACGGGCGAACUGACUGUUAAGAAUAGCCCAAAUGACAACCAAACUGAUCGCCCAACUGAUCGCCCAAAUGACAACCAAACUGAUCGCCGAACUGAUCACCACGCGGAUACCCGCACUGAUACCAGCAACGUGGAUGCCCUUUUCAGUGGCAACAAAUAUAAAGUGAAAAAAAUCAAGGAUACACACAGCAUCAGCGCUGACUAUAAACAGAAGAAGAACUUAACGAGCAUCCUUCCUUUCGAGAAAAUUAUGGAAGAAUACAAAAUAAAGAAUUUAUAUCCUGAAAACAAAGUGCAGGAAUUGUAUAACCAUAAGAAUGUGUAUGAGGAGAAGGGGGGGUAUAAUUGGAUCCCCCUAAAUGGGCAUUUUACUAACGGCACAAUGAGGAAGGAUCUCAGUGUAGAUUCUUCAGAUGGGUCUUCUCCGUAUUUGUCAAAAGGUAGCACUUUAAUGUAUGGUGGACAGUACACGUACGGAACGAGUGUCAAUUCUAGUAGCUUUGGUGGAGCGAACGAGGCGAAGGAGAGGCACAUCUCGUCAGCCAGUUCCGGGAAGCUCUCCCAAAUGGGCUACGCCGCAAGAGGAAUGGACUCCAUUUCCAACAGAGUGAACCAAGGAUCGCCCCUCCAGGUGGAGUCCAAUCAGCAGGUCCAAAUGAACCAAACAGGGACGGGCCACCCAGGAGUUAAAACCAUUCAGACGGAAAUCCCAAAUACGAAUGCGGAAGAAAAAGAAAAAAGGGGGGUUCCACCUUUCAAUGACUUGGAACAGAAUGACCAGUACAAUCAAAACAACCUCCUGGAAAUGUAUGAUCAUAAGCAAAAUAAGAAAGUGAUAUACUACGCAGUGAAGAACCAUUACGACCCCAGCAAGGAGAUGCACAAAAAGGAGAAGGAAAGGGAAAGAGAAAAGGGGAAUUAUCCACCUCAUAAAAACAAGGUGUACCAAAAUGAUAUAUACGACUAUUUGCUACAUCACUAUGAAAAAAAUUAUAAAAACUUUUUUGACAACAGAUAUAUGGACCAAUCAGUUUUUAAGGGGGAGCCGAAGGAAUUCUUAGCCAGUCAGGCAAACACAUCACAUUGGAACUCAGCUGAUGGGAGCAAAGGUAGAGACACCAAUGGAACAUACAUCACAGAAGGGGUAUUGAAGACAAAGGAUUAUAAUAACGAUGGUGAUGUGGAUAAUUCGAAAAGGGAGAAUAGAAAUGUCACACCUCGUAGCAUUGAAGAGGGAAAUCAAGGAAAUCUCGCAGAAGGGCUAAUGUCAGAUAAACUUAAGGGAACCCAUCUGUGUCAUAAGAACAGUGACAGUCUCAAUGUGAACAACGCGAAAGACGUAAAAGCUAUGGAGGAUGUGAUUCCUCUAAAUGGAAGAGAAGAAAACACAUAUCAGAAUAGCGUCGAAAUUUCCAAUUUGUGCGAUGAAGAUGCCAUGGAUUUAUAUAAAAAUAUUGGCGAGGUGUACACAUCGAGGCCCAAGUUGUUCGUGUACGCUGGGAAGGGGGAAAAGAGGCACAUGGAGAAAAGUAACAUCGGUGAGGUGCACAGAGUGGACACUCCUCUCGAUGAUUUUCCUCUCCAAAUAAAUAAAGAAAUGAAGAAAAUUUUCAAUCGAAUGAAGAAUAAAAACACAGUUGUGAUAAGCAACGUGGGAGUGAAGGCGGGUUCGUCUACCUUUUCCAAUCACAUCUUAAACAGCGGCCAGGAGAGGGGCUUCUUCGGAGGAGGGGCCGAUCAGAAGAACUGUGUUUACGCCCACGUGAUGGCUAGCCCGAACAAAAUCAACUACGUUUAUUUGGACUAUGAUAAGUUGUUGCUCCGGGGGGGGAGAAGCAUGAGCGGUGACAGAAUGAAACGGGAUGAUAGGAUCAAGCGCGACCAUAGCAGGAGUGUCGGGCGGAUCAGUUCCGGGGAGGGGAAUCCCCCCAACGAAGCAAACGCGCUCAUAGCACUUUCGUUUUACCUCUCGAACAUCAUCAUUUUCCAUAUCAACAGGGAGAGUUGUUCGAAGGCGUUUGCGUUGUUAGCACACUACUACGAUGUGGUGAGGCACAUCCGGGAGCACUUGAAGCGGAGAAGAGAGAAGUGCCCGAAGCAGGACCCGGCAAUGGACACGGCAACGAAUGUGGGAUGGGUCAGCAGAAGUGGAAGCAAACUCGAUGGAAAAAGUGGAAAGAGUGAGCAACGAAGCGACGGCAACUUGGAGGAAGACAAUUUGGGGGAGGACAACUUCAGUGUCCCGUAUUUCGUGUUCGUGUUGCGGGACACGACCCUAGGGAGGGAAUCCGGCAAGAAUGUGCACGAGGAGGAUGGACCGAAAAUGCACAAAGAAGACGGGGCGAACAAAUUACCCCUAAGGAAAUCUCUCACAAGAGAAGCGGAGUCGAAGAGAAUAACCCCCAAGGUGGAACGAAAUAGCCUCCCCAAGGUGGAACGAAAUAGCUCCCCCAAGGCGGAACGAAAUAGCCCCCCUAAACUUCCCCCCACGGGCGAUGGGCAAAGUGCGCGCGCACAGCUUCUGUUGGAAGAAUUAAUCGACGGAGAGAAAAAUCGAGUGGUACAGAAGAAGGUAAAGUAUCUACUGAAAUUCCUGGCGAAGAAAAGUCUAUUCCAUUUGCCUCCCCCGAAAGAAAAAUACAAACAGGAAUACGCAAUACAACUGAGGAAAAUAAAAAAGGAGAUAUUCAUCAACGGAAAAAAUGUAGAAAAUAUAUAUCCCAACAACGGAAUAUAUGUGUAUAAGUAUCUGAACAUGCUGACAUACACAAUAAAUAAAAAUAUUUUCUACACACCCAAUUAUUUAAAAAAAAAAAUGGAAAGUUGUGAAUGCAAGACAUUGCAUAAAGUCUUGACUGAUAAUUUCCUCUUGCAUGUCAGAAGAAAAAUAGAAAAUAAACUUCCCAUGAAACCUAAUCUAUUCCUCACCCUAAUAAAUGACAUCAAGAUAGAAUUCCUCCUCAGCUUCGAGACCCUCUGUAUAGGCAAUUCAAGAUUGAAAAGGAAAUAUAAAAACAAGCUCUGCCAUAACAUUGAUGUGAUUAUAUUGAAAGCAUAUAAAGAAAAUAUUGCAUUUAGUUGUUUCACCUUUUUUAAUAUCAUAGAUAAAAAAAUUAAUAAGCUCCAAAUCUAUAGUAAAAUUGACAAACGGAAAUAUGAACACUUUGAUGAAUUGAAAAAUGACAUUGAAAAUAUUAACGACGGAUCCAUUGAUAAUCUUAUAUAUAAUGAAAUCCUUGGGAUAAAGAAGGAGGAAAUUUGGACCUACUUUAUUAAGAGUUAUUAUAGUGGCUUCUCUUCCAGGAAGGGAUCAUCCUUGGUUAAGGUGCAGGAAGAAAAAGAAGGAGAAAAGCAACAUAUGUAUCAUACUAAUUCUAGAGGACAUUCGAAAGGGAUGAAAAAGAGCGGGUAUAAUUCUGACUCAACCGUUGACCCGGAUCAAUUUGCAGAUCCAUUUAAUCACCAAAGAAGUCGACGAAGUGCCAGCGGGGUGCGCGUGUCGAGAAUGCAUACCAGUGCAUCUUCCACAUUGCUCCGCCGAGGAAGCCGCCACCACAGUGAGAAGGCAUUCUCCAAAGGAGGGAGCUGCUCCUCUGGUGGAAAGGAAUCCCCCAAUUAUGGCCCAGAAAAACAUCCAAAGGGGAAUAUAUACAAAUCGACUGAACAUUCCCUUAGGGGAAAGGACUCCUCGCAUGAAAGAUCGGAUAGGAGCCACCUCGAAAAAAGAGAUGUGAAGGAUGCCACAAAUGGUAGACAGCGGAAACCAUCCAGGAAAACUCUUCACCAAUGCAAAUCCGACUUAGCAUUGCAAGACGAACGAAAGAUAAAAAUGGUUCAAGAGUUCCAACUGGAGGAUCGUAACAUCUCAAAGAAGUACCAUAGUGUUGAUUAUAGGAAUGCGCUUCCUGGGCAUGUUCACAAAAAUGAGGGGAGUGAAUCCAAUUCUGAGGACCCAUACAACCAUGGAGAAGCUGCUUUCCAACACGCAGGGGUGCAGACCUGGCCAAACACAACCGAGCAAAUUCAGAAGCAGGAAAAGCAACGCCAAAAAAGGAGAUGA